AUGAUACCCACCCCUACACAUCCGCUGACACCUCCUUUCGCAUCCACCACAUCUAUUCACGACUGUUCUCAUCUUCCGACUCUACUGCCCUCCCACCUUGGAAUAUCCACCGUUCCGACAUUACCCCCGGACCACCAACCAGCGUCACCCCGGUUUCUGCUAUCUUUGCUUUCUGCAGCAGUCUACUUGUCAAUACCCUCCGUCGCUUCUCAGGCACUCUCGGCUAUCGUACGCACUGUCGGACCGCAUACAGCGAUCCGAUAUCUUGAUUUUGCCCUCGGUCGCGGCAUUGGACCUGCUGGAGAUCCUCACUCCUUUACUGAGGGUGUCGACGUAGAUCUGGGUCCGGCGGUUGGGCUCGAAGAAGUCGCUGAGCUCCUGCACGAUGACGACCCCUCCGCCUCAUACGACUCCAUCGAGGUACCCGAGGACCUCCGUCCUGACUUUGGCGGUACCCCCAGAUCCCCCCGUCCCGUCAAACCUGAAGAAGUGAGACCAUCGCGCAAGUGUAGUGGUCAGACCGGCGUCGACUCUGACUCGGAGAUCGAAGACCUCAGUCAGCCGACCCAGUACUACAGCCAGCCCAGGUCGCAGGACAAGCUACGUUCCUCGCAAUCCGCUGGCGAGUCGAACUUCCCUCGACCAUGCUACUACUACGGUGCCGUCUCGGAUAAGGUCGGCGAGGCGGCGGCGUGCUGGCUCACUCGCUGGGGCGUCGACAUGCUUCAACUCGAGGCCCGGGCCAUCGCCCCUACCGAGACUAGGGCUCAGGCCGCGCCCAUAUGGUCCCCAGUCGUUUCUCGACACGUGCAAGGCGUCGGAGAAAGGCCGGGCUCGGCACCGCCAGAGCUGGCAGGGUCAAGAUCUCCGCGCAAGUUCACGGACAGACCUCAUUCCAGCACCCCAGAUGUUCCUGUAAUCUGGAGACGAGGGGGCCUCACAGCACGUUGGGUCAGAGGCAUUCUCUCAUCGGACGCUCUCUUCGUGAAGGGAGAGAAGGAGAGGUAUGAUAUGGCUCGUAGUAUCGUUGAGAUGAGGAGGUCAUCGGGCGUCGAAACCGAUCCCGAGGAAGACGAGGACUUGGAGUUUGAGAAGAUGUUCAACGAAGGCAUAUACUAUGCCAAUAUGAACAUGGACGACCUAAUGUACAUCUCUCGCGACUCCUCCCCCUUGACCGGGAAACCGUUCGUGUCAAUGUCGGUGCUACAAGCUGCUCUGUGGAAUCAGUCUACUCUCGCACACCGGAUUGUUCAGCGGGCUUCUGGACCUACAUCGCCAUCUCAAUCACCCUCAACUGCGAACAAGGACCUUGGUGUAGGUCUUGCCGUCACAGAUAUCGAGCCAGGAGGUGCAUUCGGCGCGAUGGACACGAUAUACUUUCCCAUCCCCGGAGAUUCAUCUCUCCGCCUUGGAGACAGCACUGGACUCGAUGGAUCUUCGAUGGACCAACUGUUCGAUAUGAACGCAGCAAAGAAGGGCUCCGCACUAGCCACGGAGGCGAACUUUUUCGGACUAGCACCCGCCCGCAAGUCUGCUUCAGCUCUGCUCGCUCAGAGCUCCCCUUGCUCCCCUUCCUCGCCCCCCUCGCCCUCGUCAUCGGACACCAAAUGGACCGCCCACCCGCCGUUCCGGUUCGCAGUCGAGUUCUGGGACGUCGACGCGCUCCGUGAGAAGAGCCGGCUGCACUCGCACACGGUCUGGUACGCCGGCAGCCUCUACAACGUCUACGUCCAGGUCGUCCGCAAGAAGGGCGUCCAGCUCGGCAUCUACCUCCACCGCCAGUCCGCCGCCGACGCCAUCCCGCCCCCCUCCGCCCCCGCGCUCCCGCGCACCCCCGCCGGCGGCCGCGGCCCCUCCGCCUCCGUCUCCGCCCCGCGCCCCCCGCUCUCGCCCUCAUCGACGUCCCGUCCCCCGCCCCCGGCCCCAGCCCGGCCCCGCUGUCGCGCGCCGCAGUCCACGACGACGGGGCUGCCCGCGACGGCGGCGGCGGCGGCGGUCGCGCCCGCGCAGGCGUACCGGGACGCGCGGGGGGCGGUGCGCGCGCACUUCACGAUCGCGUGCGCGAGCGCGACGGGCGCGAGCGUGACGCGGUUCACGAGCGCGCCGGACACGUUCGCGGUGAGCCAGAGCUGGGGGUGGAAGUCGAGCUCGCUCCGGACGGAGGAGUACCUCGAGGUCGACGCGGAGGGGACGCCGGUGCCGGUCGCGAUGCCCGCCGGGCGGGAGGUGAGCCUGCGGGCGACGGUGGUGCUGGGCGUCGUGUGA